GAUUCGUGGUGGGAAAUCUGACGGGGGGCCUCGGAGGGGGUGGAGUCUGCGGUAAGAGCCCCCCCCCCCCCGACUCCCUGUUGGAGCACUUUGCGGCCCGGCACUGUGUUCGACUGCCACCACGCCAUGGCGAACAUGGGCAGGCGCUACCUGCGUGCCUUCGUGAGCGGCUUCUUUGUGUCCGUGCCCGUCACCGUGACACUGAUGGACCGCGUUGCGUACGUGGCGCGCGUCGAGGGCGCCUCCAUGCAGCCGUGCCUCAAUCCCACCCAGAGUCCCUCGAGCGACGUGGUGCUGCUCAACCGCUGGAGCCUCCGUAACUUCGAGGUGCGCCGCGGGGAGGUGGUGUCCCUCAUAUCACCCAGGGAUCCGGGACAGAAAAUGAUCAAGCGUGUUAUUGCCCUGGAAGGAGACAUUAUCAGAACCCUGAGCUACAGGAACAGGUACGUGCGCGUGCCCGAGGGCCACUGCUGGGUGGAGGGUGACCAUCAUGGCCAAAGUUUGGACAGCAAUUCCUUUGGGCCGGUGUCGGUGGGGCUGCUGCACGCUCGAGCCUCGCACGUGGUGUGGCCGCCCAACCGCUGGCGACGCUUGCAGCGAGACGUCCCGCCCAACCGCGACCCCAUCUACGUCUCGACCGCCGGGAGCGACGACGACGACGAGGACGACGAAGACGACGCGGAGGCGAAAGGGAAGGAUGUCAAACACUCGCGAGACAAGAGGCCCUGACAGACGCCUUCCAGACCCCGGCCGAUCGGAGCUUCACGCAGACUUCAUCACUCCACAAUCCACCAACCCUACCCCGGAGACACUACAGCAAAGAAGAGGUCUUCGUGAAGUCAACAAAAGCUCGAUCAGCAAAACUGAACGUUAUUUUCUACAGUGUUUAACAAACGGUCAGAAAACAAACACUUGGCAAACCUCGUUUAAUCAACAGGUAUCUUGCCCGGAUUCAAACCCAGAAUUGUAUCACUGCCAGCUCCGUGACCUGACAAGAACACCAUGAGCCCCGUGAGGCACCCCGAUGCCUCUUGAGAGCGACUGAUUUAGCCAUCGCGGCGUUAGGUCCCCCAGCCACCCCAGCCAGAGCCACACGAGGAGGACCUUCAUCAUCUCCAACUCCCGUACCUCACCGUACAUUGCUCUCUUUAACCCCCUCCCCCAGAGUGAUCUAGUUGUCAGAGGGAGCACUUUGAAGCAACCCGCAUUAAGUGUACAUCAAACUGUAUUGGCCGAGUGUGCUGUUUGUUGCAUUAUUCAGCAAUUCACUCGAGAGCUUGUUCCGAUGCCAUCCCCGUUCCCCCCAUGCCCUCGCCGCUCUAAGCCGCCACUCCUGCCCAAAGGCCUGCAUUGGCAGAAUUAUUUCUUGAGUUUAAAUUUUCCAUUCUCUGCAUUGUGUUAGCCAGGGCUUGGUGGAUGUGACCCGCAGGUGCCUACAUUUGAAUGAUUUUGACUUGGGUUUUUUUUUGCAGCCACGUGUAAAUGUUGACAUAAUAAACUGAGCAAGAGACGUGUGUGUCUGUGUGUAUAUCGCUGACUCGUUGAGCAAGGUUGAGAGUUUAUAUCAUGGUCGAAGUGUCGAUCCAGCUCAUACCUUUGGGAUCGGUAAAAUUAAUACGACUUUAUAUUCUUGGUUCUUUCGGUGAAGUCACGUAGAAGGGAAAUAAUAAAAUAAUAAAAUAAAACAUAA